AUGCUCUUAUACAACUGUCCCGUGCAACUCCUCGAGUAUGCCGAGCACCUUCGCGAGCUCAACUACUACACGCGCCCAAACUACCGAAAGCUGUACGAAACGCUGGCUGACGUGAUGAAUGAUGGGGGCUUCAAGUGCGAAUACCUGCGCGGCGUGGCCCACCAUUUCGUCGAUGGGUACGACACCAACAAGAUCCGCAUGUGGGAAAGGGAGCACUUGCGCCUGUUCAAGUUCAACAUCAGCCACACCCAUUGCCUGCACUUCCUGCGUAUUUUCCAGUUCAUGACGCAUGAUCUGAUGGCCGAAAAGAAUCUCCAAGGCGCUUGGACCUUGAUGAAAGCACUGGGAUGCUUGGCUAUGGCGCACUUCACGACUGCCAAGCAGCAACCAUCUCUCCUCGCGGCCGCUGUCGCCCGUGUGGCAUUCGAGAUGCUCCACCAACGCGGAAUCAUUGCCUCUGCAGAGCCUUCUGUUUUGCUGCAUCUUCAUCACGUCGAAUCGGAGCAUCUGCCGGUUGCGAUCGCGCUCGUGGAGUGGCUGCAAGCUUGCCCUAAGGCCAUCGUUUCCAACAUUGCGAAGUACUACGCGGAUGAAGGAGUGCAGAUCAACGACACCGAACUGCGUGAUGUUCUGGCCUCCUUGAGGAUGGCUCUUGUGCGCGCGGAAUUGACCGGA